UUUUCGUCUUUUGCAACACAUCUUUUUAUUCAAAUAAUUGCUCAGUUCAGAAAUUGAGAUGAAAAAUAAAACAGAGAAUUCCGAUUUACAAGUUUCGAGUGCAAAAGAAGAUGCCAAAGAUUCGAAAAAUGAAGAAAUUCAGAAGAAACCGGUAAAUUCUAUGAACUCAAAUAUUCUCUCACUAAAUAUGCCUGUCAUUGUCAGUGCUGUCGUAGCAGUUGGCAUUGUGAUAUCUAUUGCGGGCAGCUACGGAGUUCAAAAGUACCGGAUUAAGUAUGUUAUUCCGCCUCAGCAGGAGAAAACGUUUUUAUUCCCAUUCAAUCAGAAGACCGACAGUUCGUCAAGCCUACGAAACGUGGUAAAUAGUCAUUAUAUCUUGAAUUUCAUUCACGUUAGUAAUCCCGCAACAAAUCUCAUAACUUUUUCGAUUGAGAAAAAUGGAACUACCAUACUCCCCAAUCAACUUGAGACAAUUGAAAAUGGAAUUCCGGUAGUUUUUAACGGUGGAAAACUUACUUUUAAAUACAAUCAAUUAAUCGUGGGAAUCAAUUAUUUUUUCCACGCUAACUCAAGUAUCACAGUAGUGAUUGAUUCUCUUGGAAGUGCACCAAACAGAUCGAGUGAUAAUCUUACAGUUGUCAUUUCACAAGGUGACGACCAAAUUUUGAAAAUUCCGUUGAAAUCAGGUUCAAGAAAAUACUUCUCAUUCCCAAGUGAAAAUGGAACGGCGUUCUCGAGCGAAAAAGAUAUUGAUACUCAAAUUAAGUCAAUUGCUAAUUCAUGGUUGGACGGUGUAAAUAUAUUGGUUCCCAAAGAAUUUCUAGAGCGUCUUCCAAAAGCGUACCUGGAAAUUAUGGAAUAUGCAUAUGCGUACGUGGCAAAUAGCUUGAAUUUCAUUCCAAGCGCCAAACUGAUUGGUCAGUAUGAAAACUUCACAGUGGAUCAAACCAUGUUUUUCAUUCAAUCACGCAACGAGGGAUUUACGAGUUUUGAUGAUCAAGUUUUUCCACUGAUGACAUUACUAAAACUAAACCAUAUUGAUACUUUGAAUAUUCUAAACUCUUGGAUGAGCACGAUCAAUGAGCUGGGAUAUAUGGGAAAUCGAUUUUCUGAAGCUGGAAUUGUGUUGGAAAAAAUUCAGUCGCCACUUCUCUUCCAAUUAGUCAAGGAAGCUCUGUCAACUCAACCCAAAAUCAUAACCAAAGAUAACCAAUUUAUCGAAAAGCUUGAGUAUAUUGCUGAAAAUACUUGGAAAAACUCAAUUGGGCCCGGAAGACUGUUGGAUGUGAAGUGGAUGGGACAUUCUAGAGGAAUAUUUCAACUGGAGCCAGCUACAAAAACGGGAGAAUCUUCGUUUGAACUGUUUUGCCUGAUUGGGGACAUGUGUCGCAUUAUGAACAAGGUUUAUGAGAGAGUUGAUGAAUAUGAUUCCAAAUGGCAGCAAAGAUAUCUUGACUUUGAAGCUGCUCUGCCCAAAUAUUGGAACAAGGAACUGCAGCAAUAUGGAGAUUUGGAAACUGGAAAGUUCAAACCAAACUCAUCCUCGCAUGCAUUAAUCACUUUAUCGCUAGUUAAUGAAACAUCUGAGGAUCUCACAAGAUUCUUACAGAACAUUCAAACAGAUAAUAACUUCACUCCUUUGGGUCUUCAAAUGUCCGAAGAUGACGGUGUUUCAGUAUCUGCCAAUUACUUGUUACUUCGAUCUCUCCAAUUCUAUGCUCUUCAAUCCAGCCCAGCUCAAGAAAUGUCUCUUCAAAUGUAUUCCAUUCUGAAAAACAAUUUGGCUGCUGCAAUUGCUCGAGCUUAUCGUCCAGAGAAAAUUUUCUACGGGAAAUUCGACAGAAAUAUGCGACCUCUCGGAGCAAAAGAGGCACUGGAUGGGGCUCUCAUUUUUGCAAUCAUGUCCACACCAAUGUGAUUAUGUGUUUUAUUUUUGAAUUCUCAGAUUUUCAACAAAAAAAAACACAUUACUUCUGGUUGUAUAAGUCGUAAUUUUACGAAUAACAUUUUUUGGUAUUUAUUUAAUUUAUUAUUAUUUUUGUUCAAAAUAUUUCUUAAAUAUUACAACAUUUAAAUUAAUUUAUCACUCUUUCAAAUACAUAAUAAAUUGUUAUUU